CUGAAAACGCCCAUUCCAAUCUCCAUGGAUUCUUUUCCGUCGGAUAAAUUUCCGCUUGCCGCUGCUGAAUGCUGAUUUCGGUGCAUUUACUGCAUUUGGAUCGAUUUUGUGACUCGUGAUAAUACAGGAUUUCGCUUUUGAGAGUGCGGAGAUAGGGUGAUGCUUGGUUGAUCGGUUGAUGAACUGUUCCGGUGGCCUUGAGUUGACGAUGUCGGGGCAAUUGGUUGCAAACUGCUUUGAUGGGUUAUCUUGUAAUGAUGAGAGAAGAGAAAGAAAGUCUGAUUUUGAGAACUCGGAGGAUGAGAGAAGGUCUAGAAUUGGCAAUUUAAGAAAGAAAGCAUUGCAUGCAUCUUCGAGGUUUAAGCAUUCACUAAAGAGAAGGGGUAGAAAAAAGCGCGAUGGGCGAGUUAGUUCGGUUUCAAUUGAAGAUAUUCGAGAUGCUUCAGAGCUACAAGCCGUCGAGUCAUUCCGACAAGCCUUGAUAUUGGAGGAGUUGUUGCCAGAGAAGUUCGAUGAUUACUAUAUGAUGUUGAGGUUUUUAAAAGCAAGGAAAUUUGAUAUUGAAAAGACAAAGCUCAUGUGGGCUGAUAUGAUUCAGUGGAGGAAAGAGUUUGGUACUGACACAAUAAUGGAGGAUUUUGAUUUCAAGGAGUUAGAUGAGGUAAAGAAGCAUUAUCCCCAUGGCUAUCAUGGAGUUGAUAAAGAGGGAAGGCCUGUGUACAUUGAGAGACUAGGGCAAGUUGACCCAAACAAACUUAUGCAAGUAACAACAAUGGACCGCUAUCUAAGAUACCAUGUGCAAGAAUUUGAGAAAGCCUUUGCUAUUAAGUUUGCAGCUUGUACUGUUGCUUCAAAACGGCACAUUGAUUCAAGUACAACGAUCUUGGAUGUUCAGGGUGUUGGUUGGAAAAAUUUUACCAAGGGUGCACGGGAACUUAUUAUGCAGCUUCAGAAGAUUGAUGGCGAUAAUUACCCUGAGACACUCCAUCAAAUGUUUAUAAUCAAUGCUGGACCAGGCUUCAGGCUGCUAUGGGGUACAAUAAAGAACUUUAUUGAUCCCAAGACAGCCACGAAGAUUCAUGUUCUUGGAAAUAAAUUCCAAAGCAAGUUGCUUGAAGUAAUUGAUGCCAGUGAACUGCCAGAGUUUCUAGGAGGGAAUUGUACAUGUGCGGACCAAGGUGGCUGCCUGCAAUCGGACAAAGGACCUUGGAAGAAUCCUGAAAUACUGAAGAUGAUUCUAAACGGUGAAGGUCACCAUUCCAGGCAGGUUGUUAAAAUUAUGAACAGCGAGGGGAAGGUCGUCUAUGUGAAACCUCACUACCACAUGGUAAAAUGCAGUGAAACAUCCACAGCAGAGUCCGGUUCUGAAGCUGAAGACAUGAUUUCUCCAAUAGGCACUAAAAGAUAUUCUCACCUUCAAUUGACUCCUGUUCGUGAGGAGGCUAGGAAUGUUGGAAUACCUGGCGGCACCGGCAUUCCCCCAGACAGCUAUGAGUAUGUUCCUAUGGUCGACAAGACUGUUGAUUCUGGACACAAGAAGGAAGUACGCCCUAAGACACUUCAUGUUUCUAAAGAUAUGUUUCAGUCACCUGAUUCUAAGAAAGUGCCAGAAGGAUUGUCUGCUCGGGCUUUGACAGCUCUUUUGACCUUCAUCGUAACCCUUUUUGUGUAUGUUCGUACAUUAUCAUACAAAGUUACAAAGAAACUUCCUGAUGCACCAUCACAGCACAAGCAAACAACUAUGGUAUCUGUCCUUAAGACGAAUUCCAAGGAUGAGUUUAAACCAUCUUCGCCAGCACCACCGUAUUUCACAGACAGAGAGCUCCUUGCUUCUCUCACAAAGAAGCUGAGCGAGCUCGAAGAGAAGGUCAAUAUGCUUGAAGAAAAACCAUCCACGAUGCCCUAUGAGAAAGAAGAACUGCUGCAUGCUGCUGUUUGCAGAGUGGAGGCCCUCGAAGCAGAGUUGAUUUCAACCAAGAAGGCUCUGUACGAGGCUUUGAUGAGACAUGAGGAACUGCUUGCGUACAUAGACAGUCGAAUCAAUGCUAAAUUCCAGAAGAAGAAAUUUUGCAUGUAAAAAAGGAUUCUUGUGGAAGGCUUCUUUGGGAUACAGGUACUUCAAUUCUUGUCGCCUAACCUUCCAUGAUUUAGAGUCAUAAUUCGACAAUGUGAAUUUGAUCGAUGAUACAUGCAUACACAUACACCGUCACUCUCGUCUUGCCAGCAAGAUCAAAUGAAAAAGGACACUUUUUUACAGUUCUUGCAAAAAAACUGCAGACAUGUUUGAUUUGAUGUCGAUGGCAGUAUGCUUCAGUUUAUCCUUACUUCAUACACUUCUUGUAAAUGACAAUAAACAUCACAAGAAGUAUGUAUAGUUGGAGGAUGUUCAAUGCAAACUAGCCAGAAAUUUCAUUUCAGUAAUGUCAUUUUUUAAGGGUAUAAAUGAACAUUAUUUGGAUGUUCUUGUCUGGGAAUUCUGGAAACAUACGAGGAUAGGAUAGAGAAUCAAAAGAAAUAAAUAGGAUAGUCGAAUGGAUCGUUAGUCUUAGUAUUUUUUGAAAGGUAAUUCGUCCUUAUUUUGAGUUAUAAGAUGAUUUCACUACAGGAUAAUAAAAUAAGCACUCAAUAAUUCUAAUAUGAUCUUUGAGUCUAAAAGUGUUUCUCCGAGUUCGAAUUGUGAAAGA